CGCAAGCCCCCACCAUGCCUCAUCGUUGACCCCCCGCUCCUUCGCAAACGCUCUAGGCACUCCACAUCAUCGUGCGCAUCCUUAAUCUCGUCCGGCAGCAUCGUCCGGUUAUCAUAUUGACCGCCUAACAUACGCCCACCGAAAUCGUCGUCAAUUAUCUAUCAUGACCGGCGUCGUCGAGGCUGGCACUGUCAUUAGCCUCAUUUCAGGCGUGAUCUCAAUCAUCGAGGCUACCAAAACGGUAUACGAUGCCGCCAAAAACGCGAAAGGCCAGCCAGAAGCAUUUCGCCAGGUGGCUGCACGACUGCCACUAGUGAACGAAAUCCUCCACAGUGCCAAAGAGAGGACAGAGACGCUCGACGAGUCCGCGCGGGACGCAUUGAAGCCCAUUCUAGAGUCAUGCAAAGCAAAGGCUGAGAACCUCGAGAACCUUUUCCAGAGGGUUGUUCGCAAGGAUGACGACAAGUGGUACGACCGGUACAAGAAAGCCGUGGGUACAUUAGUGAAAGGUGGUAGAGUGGAGCAUUUGAUGGAGGAGAUAUUGAAGGAUGUCCAAGUGAUCGCAUGCGAAAGGUUGACGGGAACCGCUACCGAUACCCAAAUGAAGGAACUUGAAGAGGCGAUCAAGGAAAUGAACGAAAUGCCUCCCUCUCUUCCGGACGAGGCUGGGAGUUUCAUCCAAACACACAGCGGCAGUGGUGACAAUAUUGGGCACACUGGUCCAGGGACUAUGAACCUCCAUAAAGGAUCAGGGGAUUUAUACCACAAUGUAAUCAGCGGCGGGGCGACUUUUGGCAGUAACCCAAGCCAACAAGUUAUCAAUAAUUACAUUGUGCCUCAUAACUCAAGUCAGCAAACCGACUCCCAGACCCGGAAGUAUCUAAAAGAUCUAUCGACGACCGACCCCCUCGAGGACAAAACGCGUAUCGAGCAGACGAAGGGUGGCCUGCUGGAAGACUCGUACCGCUGGAUCCUCGAACAUUCCGACUUCCAACAAUGGCGCGACGACAAACAGAGCCGGCUGCUCUGGAUCAAAGGCGACCCCGGCAAAGGCAAGACGAUGCUGCUCUGCGGCAUUGUCAACGAAGUAAGCCCUUUGACGAAGCUGAAGGACGAGGAGGCAAUCACGCUGCUGUCAUACUUCUUCUGCCAGGCCACCGAUAAGCGUAUCAACAAUGCGACAGCCGUGCUCCGCGGCCUCAUCUACCUACUCGUCAACCAGCAGCCAUCUCUUGUAUCACACGUGCAGAAGAAAUACGAUCAUGGGGUCGAAAGGCCUUUCGAGGGCGUAAAUGGCUGGGUAGCUUUGUCUACAGUCUUUGAAAACAUUUUACAAGACCCAAGCUUGAAGACCACUUACUUGGUCAUCGAUGCCCUCGACGAAUGCGAAACAGAUCUCCCCCAGCUUUUGAAGCUGGUUGCUGAAAGUACCUCAACAUUCCCUCGCGUCAAAUGGAUUGUGUCGAGCCGCAACAAACCCGAUAUCGAAGCGCGGCUGAGACUUAAUAAUGCACAAAUGAUCCUUAGCCUUGAGCUUAAUUCAGAGCAUGUCUCUCGUGCUGUCGAGCUGUUUAUCGAUCACAAAGUGUCCAAACUUCCACUCAUUAUGGACGACAGCGCGCUACAAAAGACAGUCCGAGGUCAAUUAUACACCAAAGCUGGUGGGACUUUUCUCUGGGCGGCACUUGCUUUAAAAGAGCUUGAGCCUGUAGAGAGUUGGGACGUACUCGAUGUGCUUCAGGAAAUGCCGCCCGAGUUGGAACCGCUCUACGAUCGGAUGCUGCGGCAAGUUCAACAGCUGCAACGCAAAGAUCCUGAAUUCUGCCGUCUCGUCCUUUCCGCCAUGACUCUCGCAUACCGUCCACUGCACCUCCUCGAGGUAGGGGCCCUCUCUGGUCUGCCUGGCCAAAUUUCCACCAAUCUCGACAACAUUAUGAGGGUUGUCAACAAAUGCGGCUCUUUCCUCACUAUACGGGAAAACCGCACCUAUUUCGUUCAUCAAUCGGCAAAGGACUUUUUGCUCGGAAAGGCAUUUGACAAGGUGUUUCCCUCUGGUAAGUCAGAGGUGAACUACACGAUGUUCUCGAGAUCACGUGACAUCAUGUCGAGUACGCUUCGACGCGAUAUAUACGGAUUGCACGCCCCUGGAUUCCCAAUUGGCAGUGUCAAACCGCCUAACCCGGAUCCACUAAGUGCGGCAAGGUAUUCGUGCGUAUACUGGGUUGACCAUCUUUGCGAUAUGAAGACCGGUCACGAUAGAAUUGACCUUGGCAAUAACGGCGUUGUCUAUAUCUUUCUAAAGGAGCACUUUCUCCAUUGGAUGGAAGCUCUUAGCUUAUUGAGAAGUACAUCAGUUGGUAUACUCGCGAUGAACAAACUUAAGAGUUUCCUUACAUCUCAACUGUUUGAUUUAGUUCAAGAUGCUUAUCGAUUUAUUCUCUUCAACAGAUGGAUAAUCGAAAAUUAUCCUCUUCAAAUAUAUGCAUCAGCUCUUGUAUUUAGUCCAACAUACUGCUUGAUAAGAGAACUUUUCAAAGACGACGAACCGGGAUGGAUUAUAACAAAGCCGAUAACAGAAAGCAAUUGGAGCGCAUGCCUGCAAAUACUCGAGGGCCAUAUAAGUCCACCUUCUGCGGUCACAUCAGUAGUCUUCUCAACCGACGGCACACGGCUUGCAUCCGCCUCUGAUAAGACUGUACGGCUCUGGAGCGCCACGACGGGGACAAAGCUACAGACGCUCUGGGGCCACACUACUACUGUCACGUCAAUAGCAUUCUCGGCCGACGGCACCCGGCUCGCAUCCGCCUCUAAUGACAACACAGUGUGGCUCUGGAACACUAUAACAGGGAAAUGGCUGCAGACACUUAAGGGCCACCCUGAUGGGUCCACGUUAGUGGCUUUUUCGACCGAUGACACACGGUUCGCAUCAGCUUUUAAUGACGACACAAUACGGCUCUGGGAUAUUACAACAGGGGAAUGGCUACAAAUACUUGAGGGUCAUAUUGCUGAGAUUACAUCAAUAGCUUUCUCGACUGACAAUAUACGGCUCGCAUCCGCCUCUAAUGACAAGACAGUACGGCUCUGGAACGCUACAACAGGAGAGUGGCUACAAAUACUUAAAGGCCAUACUGCUGAGGUUAUAUCUAUAGCCUUCUCGACUGAUAGUACACAACUCGUAUCAGCCUCUAAGGAUAAGACCGUACGACUUUGGGAUGCCUUGACAGGUGAACAACUACAGACGCUUGAAGGCCAUACGAGUGGGGUCAUAUCCGUAGCCUUCUCGCCCGACGGCACACGGCUCGCAUCAGCCUCUUGGGACAAGACAGUGCGGCUCUGGGACGCUAUAACAAAGGAAUAUCUGCAGACAAUCGAGGGUGAUACAAUCCUAUCACUCACCUUUGAAUCACCAUGUCUUAAUACAGAAGCAGUCUAUUCAUAUCGUCUGCAGGAGAACAAUUCUUGGAUUGCAUGGAAUAAUGAUAAUAUCCUCUGGCUUCCACCCGAUUAUCGAUCAUCGCAUGCAAUGAUUAAAGGACAUAUCUUUACAACAAUAAGUUCUAACCGAGUUAUCAUAAUCAAUUGCAAGGAAGAAUUCAACUCAUGUAAAAGGUAG